GCUUCAGCACCGAGACCCUCUGGCGACCUGCUCGUCCGUGAGAACCAGCGCCGACCUCGAUGGACGACCCCGGCCGACCGGGACCCUGGAGUGAUCUUCUCUGAGUCUUUACUGUUCACUAAGCAACGAUGUCGGUCUCCACGGUAUUGGCGAAGGCGCUGUUCGACAACGCAGCAGAGAGCCCGGAGGAGCUGGCUUUCCGUAAGGGGGACAUACUGAUGGUUCUGGAGCAGGAGCAGGGCGGCGGGCCGGGCUGGUGGCUCUGCUCCCUGCAUGGCAGACAGGGCAUCGCCCCGGCGAACCGCCUCAAACUCCUCCAGACGGCCCCGGCCCCGGGCUCCGACCCGCGGCGCGGCUCCGCCGAGGACUCUGUGUACCUGUCGCCUGUCCCGCCGAUGGCCCGGACCGCCGGUGGCGGCAGUGCCGAGGACGUGGACGGCGUGUACCGCUCGCCGCCGGGCAUCGGCGAGCCACGAGGAGCUGCGCUGAGGCCCGGGGAGCUCCGCAGAGUCGAGGGCGGGCGCCCGCGCUCCCACUCGAGCUCGGGCCUCCGGCCGAGACCCGACUGGGACUUGGGGGUGGGGGGGCGUCCGCGCUCGCCCUCUCUGAGAGGUCGAGGUGCAGAGGUGUCGGGGACGCUUUAUCAGACUCCGGGAAGUCCCGUGCCUUCAGGAGCUCCGCAUGCCAGACCGGCCGCUUCAGAGUCUGUGUACCUCGCCCCCACCGGAGUUCCGAGGGCUGCCGAUGAACCCGAGGACACGACAUAUUUAGUCCCUAGAGAAACACUAACGUCAGCAACCUCGGACGACUGUUAUCUGGUGCCCAAAGGUACGCCUCUCGCAGGCGACGAUGUUUACCAGUCCCCUACUGGAGGGGUGUGCCCUACCGGUCCCAGUGGAAUCCCUGGUAACCCGCAGCUGAAAGUGAACCAGGACACGCCGGCUAUGUAUCAGACACCCACCCCAGUGGGAGCAAGCCUCCACAGGACUUCAGCCACCGUUUUGGCCCACCAGCACCCAUCUCCAUUAUCCCAGAUGCAAGGAUCUCCCAGAGCUCUGCUCAAGGGAGUUCCACCAAGCCCCGCCGUGGCCAGGGGCAAACCCAGCAUGGCCGCUCACCGGGGGUCUCCUUUGCUGGGCCGAGCGGGGAAGGUCAGGGUCCCCGGCUCGCCGAAUUUUGCCCGCAAACCUCCUCCACCCGCACCUCCGGUGAGGGGAGUCACCAAGAAAGAGGCUGCACAGUCAUUGGCUGAUUCAAACGGUUACCCCAAACCCAACGCUCAGGUCACUUCUGCGAGCCCUCAGCAAGAGGAGGACAAACCGAGGGGGGGUCCUGAGAGCAAGGAUGACCGGACGAAUGGUCUCCUGGAGAAAAGCAACAACAUGCUGAACAAAAGGGGAGAUAAGCCGGAUUACUCGGAUGAUGUGGAUGACCAGGUGUAUGAUACUCCUCCCAGUGGCAGGUGGCAGCGGCCUGUCGGGUCGUCCCGUGGCGACGACGAUGACGGCAUCUACGACACCCCUCGCUGUGUCCCACCACAAGCUGAUUCUGAGACUGAGGUCUACGACGUCCCCACCAUCACGCUCAAUCCAUCCGCGUCAGACGCCCAGCCGGAAGAGGUCGAAGAAGACGUGUACAGUGUUCCUACGCUCCCGGGGGUGCCUCUGGGCCCGGGCGAGUCCACCGCCAGCCUCUCCGGCGAGGACGCCGGACAGCUCUAUCGGGUCCCGGGGUCUGAGAAGCGAGUCGCCGGCGGAGGUCACAACCGGGACUCUUGUGAGCCCGACCGCGGCAUCUACGACAUGCCCGCGCUGUCCGCCGACGUCCUCCCCCGCUCCCUGUCGUCGUCCUCCACCUCCACCCGCCGCCUCUCCGUCUCCAGCAACGGCUCGGGCGACGUGCAGUGGAGGGCCACGCUGUCCGGCCUCGUCCACGCGGUGCUGAGCGCCGCCUCCGGCUCGGCCUCCGCUCUGUCGUCACGGGAGCUGGCCACCUCGCUGGCGGAGAUCCUGUCCACCUGGAAGGCGUGCCACGCCGACGACCCCCCGCCGCCUCUGCAGCAGGCGUGGGCCCGCCUCUCGGACCUCCUGCCGGCGCUGUCCGCCGUGGGCGCCGCGCCGCCCUCCGAGGGGCUGUUGACGCUGGUCCAGCGCUCCCUGGAGGAGAGCGCCCUCCUCCUGCAGGCUCAGGGCCGACCGCGGUUGCCUUCACAGGACUCGCUGUCCCGCCGGCCGCUGCCCGCGCUCCCGCUGCCCGACGGGAAGCCCUCGGCCGGCGGGAUGGGCUCCCGCAAAGGCAGCUGGAUCCAGGAGCGGCCCCUGCCGCCGACACCUCAGCCCGCCUUCCCCCUGCCGCCCGCUCUGUCGACGGUGACGGUGACCAUAGGCCCCGGCGACGGCGAGGACGACCCCAGCAACGAGUACGCGGGCAUCGGCUUGACGCCCAUCCCGCCCCCCGCGCCCACUGGAGACAGCGUAGGAUACGUCAAGCUGCAGGGUAAACCUGAGCCACUUCCUGAUAUUCUUAGUGAGAACGGACACAUGCAGACGAUCAAUGCAGAUCCAAUGUUGACCCCGUCCCCUCCUCUCCCGCUGUCCCUCUCCCUGGAGGACUCGGAGCUGCUGUCCUUUUACUCGUCCCAGAGUCUCGCUCACCUCUCCUGCCUGGCGGACGCCAUCGACGUGCUCUUCAGCAGCGUGCAGGGCAACCAGCCGCCGCGCAUCUUCGUCGCCCGGGGGAAGAGCCUCAUCGUGACGGCGCACAAGCUGGUGUUUAUCGGGGACACGCUCUCCCGCCUCCUCACCUCCGCCGACCUCCGGGCCAAGAUCACAACCUCAGGAGGACGACUCUGUCAGGCCUUGAAGUCUGUGGUCGUGGCAACAAAGGGCGCCGCACAAAACUACCCGUCUGUACCCGCCACCCAGGAGAUGGUGGACCGCGUGGCCGAGCUCUCCCAGCAGGCCGCCGGCUUCUCCACGCUGCUGCAGCGCCUGGCCGAAAUAUCUUCAUGAUGUUUCACACCCCUCCGCUUAAAAACGUUGUUUACACUACGCGCCUACAUGUUUUCUCCUCUUUUUAAAAUGUUUUAAAUGCCUUAUUUGUUGAACGGGAUCGACGCGAACCUUGGAGUUUGUGUUUCGCUGCAGCUGUUACUGAGAUGGGUUGUUGAGCGUUGGUUCCUUUCCUCCUCUCCGUGUGUGUGCGCGUGUGUGUGUGUGUGUGUUGGCUUGCCUUUUGUUUAUACACUGACCUCCGUGCUUUGAUGCCUUCCCCCACCCCGAGUGUUAAAAUAUUGAAUAUAUGAAGCCGUGGCUUUGAGUGUCCGUGCGAACGGUUGAUCAUUGGAGCUUUGCUUUAUUAUGUUUGCCAUAUUUUCUUUCUUUCCUCCCUCUAUUUAUUCAGCCAUCCCCCUCUGUUCCACAAAUAGCCCAGAAGGAGGCCUAACAUCCUGGUUCUGGCCUACUUUUUUACUGUUAACCUGAAUGGCCCUUUUGUGGUUAUCAUUUUCCAGCUGUCGAAGCAGCGCAUUGAGUGUUUGGGGCUUAUAAUAGAGAAGAUAUAAGAUAUGGAGUAAGUUGUCGAGUAGGAAGUUCGCCUGACUUACAUUCAUAAAUCUGUGCAAGUAUUUGUCUACCCGUGUACACUAGAACGGCUCAGAAACCGCUCAAAACCUUUUCAGUGUAAAUAAGAACGUGCCAUCCUGUCACACAGAGAUAGAAUCGCGGUCGGUUUCGAUAGUUGGGUGAGAAAUGGCCUCGUCCUGUUCUUUUCCCACACUCACGUGGGAACCUGGCAGCGGAUGAUAAACCCGUUCCAAGCUCACCUGUCUCCACACGUCUUGUUACGAUUCGCAUGCAUACUUUUGACUUUUGUUGUUUCCCACAAACUGCUCGACCACUGUCAGCAGUGCUUACUCACUCCUGCGUUUAUUGCGUUGGGUCGAAACUAAUGCUGCGAGUGGAUGCAUAUAUAAUCAUGAAUAAUACAAGUCAUUGCAGGGGAACAUGGUUUGGAAUUUAUUAUACGUAUUACCGAGCCCUGGUUGAAAUGGUGACGUGAAGCACAGCAUAGUUAACCAGUUUCCUUUCCUCCAGAAAAUACUACUACAGUCUGAUGUCUUAACAUUGUUCCUUUUUAUACCACUUAUCAGAUUUGAUAUGUUGGUUUGAUGUUGAACACUACACAACCCUCAACACUACAAAGGGCAUAUCCAAAGUUCUAAUGCUUUGCGCGCUCGCUCUUAUGGUUGGUCAUCUUGUUUUAUCUUUCAUACUUCCAGAUCAAAGUCAGUAUCAUCAGAGCGUUGCAUAAUCAUUUUCUCACUGUUUAAAUCAUUCUUUCAAUCGGAGUUCUGCCUGCUUUCGCAUCUCCUUGCUGUAGUGGCACCGUGUGGAUGUUUAAGGUAUUGUUUUUUGUUCUUUUUAAAUACAAGCUCCACACUCUUAUGAAUGAUGAGAACGUGAUUGGCAAGUUACCUUUAGCAGUAUAUUUAUUCCUGUCAAUUUUUCAUGUUCUUUCCAGUUUGCAUGGCUUUAAUUUGCUUGAAUUUGAUAUAUGCACACACUUUGCCGUGGGGCAAUAUUUCUGGGUAAUUUACAAAUGAACAUCUCUUUUUCUGAAAAAUAUGCUACGCUGCAGUUCAAAUAUGUAGCUGUUUUUUUUUUCUUUUGUACAAGGAAGUUUUCUACAAUAUGAACUCGUAUGAGUCCAUCUGUAUUUGCUGAGAGGGUAUCAAACUGAAUCUUUGACUUUCCAACAGUAAUACAGCUUAAGUUUAACACUACAUUUGAUGUCUGUCUUGUAUUCCUGUUCAGAAUGCACAAAUACAUCUUUUGUAAUUAAACAAAUAUGUUUGGACUUUU